GAAGCAACACCCUCUGACAACUUCUAGGGGACAUCUCCACACAGAAGCGUCUUUCAGUCACAGAGUGAGCACGAUAGGUAUGUCCACGGCUGGAUAUCCCUCUGUGUAUGUGGUGGACACCCAUGCCACUCGGCCUCCAGUGCCACCCAGGCUGAGCCAGAAGGGGCGACGGGGCGACAGGGUGCAGAACCUGCUGAUCCUGCUGGUGAGCCUGGCCUUGUGCGGCAUGGCCAUUGAAGCCUGCUUCAUCUACCACCUCUACCAACCUGCUAAAACUGAGACCUCAGCAUCGUUCUCUAGGCAGAUUGCAGGUCAAGACGAUACCUCUACUACUGAAAUUCCCAGUCUUAUCAUUCCUCCUUCCAAACCGGUUGCACAUCUGACAGAUGGAUUAGAUGCAGUCCAUGGAAAGACUAUCAUGGCAUGGAGCAUGGAGGCAGACCCUCUCCUGCAUGAAAUGGACUACAGAGACAUGAGUCUAAUCAUUCAGAAAGAAGGGUAUUACUAUAUCUAUUCCAAGGUUUCCUUCUUCGACACUGAUUAUUUUAACCACUCUAUUCAUCGGAAUACCGAACUGUAUUCUGGGAAAAGUAUUCCCCUCCUGUUGUCCAAACAAAACGAGAGGCCCAAGAGAAGACGAUCCAACAGUUAUCUCGGUGGAGUGUUUCACCUCACCAAAAAUGACGCCAUUUAUGUAGAAGUGAGCAAUACCGCAAAUGUUGUGAAACACAAAUCCAUUGAGAAUGUCUUCGGUGCAUACAUGAUAUAAAUAUCACAUUGAUAUCUCACCAUGGAUUAAUGAUUCUCUUUGUAAGGAAAUAGAAGGUCGAUAGCAGAAAGAUUUGUGUGCCUUUUUGAGUGUUACAAGGGUCAGGACUGUGCUGGUUUCCGUACUGGGGGUUGAAGCUGUUUUAUUUUUAUGCGUGAAUAUGAUUCAAAAUUAUUUUCUUAUCAGAGAUUUUUUAUAUGCUUAUGUUAUGCUUAUUUUAUAUUUACUUCAAAUGUAAUCGUCUGAAUGUUACCAAAUGACUUGGAUGUCAUAGAUAAAAAAAUAAAGAAAUAAAACAUUCAAACAUU